GAUCAUCAAUGGAGAGUUAAGAAGUGUGAACUCCCUAUCAAAUCCUAAAUAUUUUGAUCCGAUUCGCAUAUCAUCACAAUUAGGAAAGUCAACGAAAUACAAAUUUGUCACCCCACAUGUCCUGUCCAAGGCAUGCAGUCCAUACCCUUAUAAAGAUAACACAACAACCAAAGGCAUUGGUGUUUAUCAAGGGAAAAGAUUUCUGUAAAAUCCUUGAAGAAAUUACCAGAGAACAGCCUCUAAAUGUCGUGCCGAACUGGAGAUGCAACGGCAUUGAUGAUUUCUACAACGCAAAACAGUGUUACAGAUUAAGCUUUUUGACCCGAAGAAAGGGUAGCCAUAGAACUAUGAUGAAGCGUAUAUAUUCACAAACACCAUUCAAUUCUACAUUAUUUGAAGCAUGGCAAAAGCAAAAUACACGAAUCCGAAGGCGCAGUUGAAGAAAUGGAUCUCGUUGAGGAAGCUGGUUUUGCCGAUGCUUUUGAUUUUCACGAUUGUGCUUCUGGUGUUACUUUCUAUCGGUGUUGUUAAUCUUCCUAUUACCGCUAAUGAUUCUCCGAUCAAGGAUAUCGGUGCUGUUAGGCGGCGCAGAACUUCUGAGAGAGGUUACGGUUUGGUAGAGCAAAAGAAAAAGUGGACCGAAAUUCUUUCGUGGGAGCCAAGAGCUUUCAUGUACCACAAUUUCCUGUCCAAAGAAGAAUGUGAACACUUGAUCAACGUUGCCAAACCACAUAUGGAAAAAUCACAAGUUGCUGAUAGUGAUACUGGACAGAGUAUAGAUAGCAGUGAUCGUACUAGCUCAGGAGCGUUUCUGAGAAGAGGAUUGGACAAAGUUGUCCAAAGCAUAGAAAAAAAGAUUGCUGAUCUUACUUUCGUACCAAUAGAGAAUGGAGAAGGACUUCAGGUUCUUCACUAUGAAGUUGGCCAAAAAUAUGAACCUCACUUUGAUUACUUCUUAGAUAAGGUCAACACUAAGGAUGGAAACCACCGUGUUGCUACAGUUCUUAUGUACCUUUCAGAUGUUGAAGAAGGUGGCGAGACCGUAUUUCCUGAUGCCAAUGUAAGUUUUACUUCUGUUCCAUGGCAGAAUGAUUUGUCUGAAUGCGCUAAAAAUGGUCUCGCGGUGAAGCCAAAAAUGGGUGAUGCUAUAUUGUUUUGGAGCAUGAAGCCAGAUCUCACCCUAGAUCCUUCUUCUCUACAUGGUAGUUGCCCUGUUAUUAGAGGAAAUAAAUGGGCUUCAGCAAAGUGGCUACGUCUUGGGGUGUUCAACUAAUAAGGAUAUUAUUAAGCCAUCUCGUGUGCAGAUACUUGUAGAGAGUAAGGAUCAUUCCAACGCACUCUUACAAGAAUUCAAAAAUGAUUUUUAUCUUAAAGUAUAAGCGACAAUUUCAUCCAUUUCGUGCAACAAUUUCCUCGCUCAACAUAUUUGCAUAGGAUUGCAUUAUAAAAAUACUUUAUAUUUAUUAAAAAUAGUGUAACUAAAUAUCCUUUAAAUAUGAUUUUUUAUUUACUUUUUUUUUUUAAAAUAAAUAACUUCUCUAAUUUUUUGAAUAACCUGACCUCCGUAAAAAUAUUUAAAUUAAUUAAAUAAUAAUAAAUUUUUAAAAAUAAGAGACAUAAUUAAUUAAAAAACUAAAAUAAUAUAUAAUUAAAUUUAAUGACUGAAUUUUAAAAAACAAAUAAUAUUUUUCUAUUAAAAAUAAGACAUCAAAUUAACAAAUAUGUAUUUAUAUUUAUAUAUACAUAUUAAUUUAUAUAAUUUUCUAAUUAAUCAAAUUUAUUAUAACAAUAAUUAAAUCUACAAUAGAUGAAUAAUUAAAUCGUUCUCUUUGUCAAAAUACUUUUAUUUAUGUGAUAAU